CGUGUAAUCACACCAUGAGAGGCGAGUUGCGAAUCUGAGUUUUCAUCGCAGUAAAAAUAUACACGGCUUGUGAUUGAGCAGAAAAUAAGCCCCGAAAGUUUCAACGCGAUUCAGCAAAACUCCACCGCUCACCGAACAAUAUUGGACGCUUUCGUACGUUGAGAAAAUUCUGACCAUUCGGACCAUACCAGCACCGCAGAUAAAAGAUGGCUUUCAGCUUCCCCGCAUUCAGCUACAUCGUGGCGUUAAUUAUCGAUGCGUUUCUAAUAUUCUUUUCCAUCUUCCACGUGAUUGCCUUUGACGAGCUGAAAACGGAUUACAAAAACCCGAUCGAUCAGUGCAAUUCACUCAACCCGCUCGUCCUGCCGGAAUAUGGUUUACAUAUACUGUUCAACUUGCUGUUCUUAUUUUCUGGCGAAUGGUUAUCACUUGCCCUUAAUAUUCCGCUUAUUGCAUACCAUAUAUGGAGGUACGCUAAUCGACCGGUUAUGUCGCAACCAGGACUGUACGAUCCAACGAGUAUCAUGAAUACGGAUGUAUUACGAGCAUGCUUACGCGAAGGCUGGAUUAAGCUUGCGGUGUAUCUGUUAUCGUUCUUCUACUACCUUUACGGCAUGAUCAUGGCACUAAUUGCCUCUUAAACGAGGCGCUCAUCAUGUCGAUGGUAGGACAAGAAUUUUUGAGUAAGUUUUUUUGUUGUAAAAAGGAAAAAACAUUACUCCAAAAUUUAAAAACCACUCCAAUUUGUGUGAGUUGCCAUUCUUUCAUGGUUGUAAAGACCUCGUCUCGUGCACCACUGUUUGGGUGUAGUUUCGGUUGAGCAUCGGAACGUAAUUUUUAUUUUACCCUUAUGUCAAUCAUCCAAAACCAAGCUCGGGAAAAAUCACUGAUCGUUCCGAUGGCUUAUGACGAUAGUGAAUACUUAUUUAUUCCGUUCAUUCAUACAUGUUUCUUUCGCUGUUAUCAUUGGAACUGACGCCAGCGUACAUGGGACGAUCUUGACGAUAAUCAAAAGCGUUUCUUGAGACUCUGAUCAUAAUAGAUCCAAUUAUGUGUAGUAGCCAAUACUAAUGACCAUGUACAGUUUAUCUGUUCGAAAUAAAUCAUACUGAGCGUUUUAUGCGAAACGUGUAG